AAGAUUCUGUUGCUUUGCUGAAUCGAAACUUAAGGAUUGGUGGUGGGUGGGGAUCGCCCUUAUAAAACAAAAAUCUGUAGCUCACGGGCUUCUGUGGGAGGUUCGUGAUGAACAUGAAUGCAUUCACACAUGGACCCUGCGAAGAACUUGGAGGAUAUCAUCUAGAAGAAUGAGUUUUUCUGAGAGACAAAAGAGAAGACGGCAAAAUGCCUUUGGUGCGACAUCUCCGCCGUUUAUUGACUAUUUAAAAGAUAUUCUGCGCAGAUAUCCGGACGGAGGUCAAAUCCUGAAGGAGCUGAUACAGAAUGCAGAUGAUGCCGGUGCUACAGAGGUAGUGUUCAUCCAUGAUGACAGAGCCUAUGGGACCCAGGCCCUUUGGGCUGAAGACCUGGAGAAAUACCAGGGUCCUGCCCUCUACGCCUACAACAACGCAGAGUUCACCGAGGAUGACUGGCGAGGCAUACAGGCCACAGGGAGAAGCGUCAAGCGCAACGAUCCAAACAAAGUGGGCCGGUUUGGGAUCGGAUUCAACUCCAUCUAUCACGUUACAGAUUUACCAUGCAUAUUCAGUGGCAAAUACCUUGGCAUGCUGGACCCACAGGAGAAGAUAUUCGGAGAGCGAGAGGGAGGCAUGCGCUGGUCUCUUGAUGAUGAGGAAGACAGGGACACACUGCUGGUUUUGAGUGAUCAGCUCCAGCCGUUUAGAGAUGCGCUGGUACAUGUCAGUGACCAAACCUGGGAAGAUGCUGUUAGUGAAGACAAAAAGUUCAACGGAACCCUCUUCCGGUUUUCUUUACGUAACGAGCCAUCUGAGAUUUCAGACAACUUGUACGAUUCUGACAAAAUGGUUCAGCUGUUUAACAGCUUCAUUGCUGAUGCAGACAUGAGCCUUCUUUUCCUGAGAAAUGUUUCAUCGGUCUCACUGAUUCACAUCAGUACAAAUGGCUCAGUCAAUGUCAGGCAUAAGGUGUCAGCAUCAAGCCCUGCAGUUAAUGAAUCCUUUCAUCCAAGAGAAAUGCCAUCUGUAGAGGGGUUCACACAUUUUAAAAACGUAUCCUCCUACUGUCCAAGCAAAGGCAAAACAGAAGUCCAGUGGCUUGUAACAAUGUGCUGUAUGAAAGAAGGACACAUGCCAGAGCUUGAUUCGCUAGCCGGGAAACUAAGCUUUCGACCCCAAGUUGACCUGGCAUUUCCGUUAGAUCAGGAGCGGUCUCUGACUGAUGGAAGACUGAGCUGCUUUCUGCCCCUUCCCAACAACGAACCAAACUGCACUGGACUCCCCGUUCAUGUUAACGCCUGUUUCGGCCUCACGGACAACAGGAGGCACAUCAAAUGGCAGGAGGAGGACCAGAAAUUCGAUGAAGCGGCCGUCUGGAACGAGUUGCUCGUUAAGGAACUUCUCCCUCGUGCAUACCAAAUGAUCAUUCUGGAUGCCGUUCGCUUUUCGCGAAGCUCUGACUUUCCUUCCUCCUCCGCGUACCAUCUUUGGCCUGACCUCGACCAGAUGAAACACAAGGAGCGAUGGCACAGUGUCGCUGCGGGAAUGCUGCGGCAGCUUCUCCUGUCGAAUGAACCCGUCUUUUCUCUGGCUGGGGAUGCGCAAAAAUGGGUGACGUUGUCAGAAGCUGUGUUCUUAACUGAUUACAGCAUGGAGCCUCAAAUGAAGAAUGCCGUGUCGGGUGUUCUGAUCGCCCUGGGAGAAAAGUUGGUGUCCAUUCCCAGUCAUAUAUCAAGAGACAUCCAGGCUGCUGUUGAAAAUCCCAAAACCUUAACAAGAGCAACCCCUGCUUUUGUUCGAAAGGUCUUCCGCAAAAAUGGAAAUGCUGGUCUCUCCAGAGAGGACAAGCUCUUUAUUUUGGAAUAUGUACUGAGCGAUGAGAAAUACCAUGAGCUCUGGGGGCUGCAGCUUCUACCUCUUAGCAAUGGGACUUUCAAGACAUUCUCAAAUGAAGAUCACAAUCUGGCCUUCAUUGACAAUAAGCAGUUCCCACGUGAGUUGCUGCCUGGCUGGAAGGAUGUAUUCUUGCCCCGAGAUCUCCGAAGUAACACCCUGCUCCACCUGGAGAAACUGGCAGAAACAAGCACAUACAAUAAAAUUAUCAACAUGGAUUCAAGAAUUGUGGCAAAAUUUGCCAUAAAAAGUCUUCCUAAAGACUGGCAGAAGACAAAAGGUCAUGUCACUUGGCAGGUGGGAAAUGGUCAACACCCUCCUAUGCAGUGGCUCAGUGAUUUCUGGAAAUUUCUCAAAACGAAUUGGACCGAGUUAAGCAGAUUUGUUGGCAUGCCAUUAGUCCCUCUUAAACCUCUUCUAGAUUCCACCAGUUCGGUCAUUUUAGCAAAGCUACAACUGAACACAACACUGAUGUUUCAGAAAAGCAGACAGAGCAGCUUAUCAGAUCAAAUUGCAAAGGUGGUGGGAAAAGUUGGUGGUACCAUCAUAAAGAGGGACACUUUUCUGGAUCAUACGGAUCUUGAGACCUAUGUGCUAACUCCCUCCCCAAGGAACAUUCUACAUCUAUUCCUCAACUUAGAGAAGCAUCAAGUUAUCCAUGGAAUUGAGUCAGCUUCAGCCGCGGAAAAGGAAGAAUUGAAAUCAUACCUCUCUUCACUGGAUUCUCUCUCAUUAGCAGAGAAAGGCCUUCUCUCAGAGUUGCCCUUCUUCCGUUCAAUGGCUUCUCUAAAACUCAAUCCUGGAGAAUACAUUUCUGUUAAGUCAAAGCAGGCAGUUCUCCUGAAUACGACUCCGCCCUUCCCAGAAAACCUUCUCAUGACUGAUGUAGUUGCUCAGUGUGCAAAUGAAGCAGACCGUAGGCUCCUUACGUUGCUCAACAUUGAUGUCAUUAAUGCAGCUCAGGCAGCCACACUUUUGGUCAAAGGAAUUGAGAAGAGACUGUACAAAAGUCAAGAGGUAGACAAAAUAAUGACCUGGAUAUUACAAAAUGGUAGAAUCCUCUUUUCUCAGGACCGGACAUUGCACACAAAAUGUCAGGAUUUGAGCUUCAUUGAAAUACAACCAAGUGAUCACAAAAAAACUUCAAGUUUCUUUGACCCUGGCAACAAAACAUUCAGAGCUCUGUUUGAGCCAGAUUUCUUUCCUCCCAUGGUCUUCACAAGUACUUCCCAGAUGCUGGACAGUUUAAGAUGUCUUGGGAUGCAGACAGAUGAAAAUAACAUCACUGCUAAGGAUGCCCUUCAUGUGGCUAAGCACAUUGAAAUGUUGCAGGUCCAUUCUCUGAAACAGGCUUCAACAAAAGCGGAUGCCCUGAUGAAACUUUUUAAUGAUACUCAAGUGCUUUCAAAGUUCUCUGUACAACAGCUUAGUGAGCUAGUGAGAACCCAGUGGGUUCUUUGCAAAAUUCCAGAUGUUCUGAAUGGACACCAAAAUGUAAACAAAAAGUUGAGCGUGUUCAAGCCAGAGGAGAUACGACACUCAAAGUACUUCGAUAUUGUGGGUCAUGUCAUGCCUCUUACUGAAAAACUAAAUAAGGAAGUUAGUGAAAAGCUUGGUCUGCUAAGCUCACCUCCUCCUGCAAAGGUGUUUGAGAAUCUUUCUGCUCUUAAAGCAAGCAUACCUGAAAUGGCCAAUCCAGAUAUCAAUGUGCAUUUCAAAGGGAAGCUGCACAGCAUUUACACAUUCAUGCAAAAUAACAUAAAUCACUUCAAAGGCACAGUGGAUAAGAAAAAUGCACCUUGGCUCUGGAUUCACAGUCAUUUUGUGCCUCCUUGUGACGUAGUUUUAAGCUAUCCGCCAGGGUUAGAUCUCAGCUCCUAUAUUGAAAGGGUGCCAGAAGAAUUCCUAGUGUACAAAGACUUGUUAUCAGAGUUUGGAGUAAGAGCAUCAGUGUCAGAUGAAGAAGUUGAGGGGAUACUGCAUAGCAUGAAACGAGAAAUUGACAGAAAAUUGCCAUCUUAUGGAAGUCCAUCUGAACUCAAAGAAGCCAUUGCCAUUCUUAACUGGAUGUGGAAAGAGAAGAAAAGCAUUAAAGACAACCUCCCUGUGCCUGUCAUGGCAGAAAAUGGACAGUUUAACCUGCAGAAAUUAUCUUCCACAGUGUUUUGUGACAUCUCCAGAGAAGGUUUGGAGGACCUCAGGGAAGACCAGGAGGAGUUCUAUGUAAUACAUGGAGAGAUGCCAAGAGCUACAGUUGACUGGUUGAAAAUUCCCGCCCUCAGCACUCGAAUCCUAAACCCAGAAUUUGUUGGUAUAGAGCAAUGUGGCCAGACAGAACCCAUAACCCUAAGGAUCAAAAACAUACUGAAAGAGUAUGAUGAGGAAAAUGAUCUCUUCAAAGAACUUAUACAGAAUGCAGAAGAUGCUGGUGCAACCACAUGUAAAUUUAUGCUCGAUUUCAGAAGCCAUAAAGAUCCCCCUGAUACUCUUAUAGACCAAGACAUGUCUCUGUGCCAUGGUCCUUGUCUCUGGGCAUACAAUGAUGAACUUUUCACAGAAGAAGACUGGGCAAACAUUGUCAAAGUUGGAUCUGCCUCCAAAGAAACAAAAGUAGAAAAAAUUGGGAAGUUUGGGCUUGGUUUCAAUUCUGUGUAUCACGUGACUGAUAUUCCCUCAGUCCUCAGUGGUAAGAAUCUCCUCAUAUUGGAUCCAAAUGUGACUCACCUGAAGAAGCAUAUACAAAGUAAAGCAAGUCCUGGGAUCAAACUUAACCUAUUCCAAGAACGUCUAUUUCAUAGGUUUCCUGGACAGUUCAAACCAUAUCAAGGGAUAUUUGACUGCGAUUUAUCAAGAGACAGUACACACAAAUUCUUCAAUGGAACACUCAUUAAAUUGCCUUUCCGGACACACGAAGAAGCUCUGUCAUCAGAGGUUAGUAAAAAGGUUUUUGAAGGAAAAACAAUUGCUGCUUUUUCACAACAUUUGACCCAUAAUUCAGAGGCAAUUCUGCUGUUUCUGAGGAACAUAAGCAAAGUGUCUCUUGAGAUCCUACCUGAAAAUUCUUGGACUCCCCCAUGCGCUGAACAAGUAAACUCUCUGUUCAAAGUCUCCAGAAAAGUUGUGUGCACAAUACCUGUCCCCGAUGAUACUCCUCUGAAAACAAUGCAGGAUGAUUCAAUAAAAGUUUUGUUGAAAAUUGAUGCAAAAUUUGAACAGGUCAUUGACUGUCUCUCAGCAAACAUUAUCGAAGUGACUAAAAAAUACCAGGAUGUAUCUGAUGUCAGCUAUUGGCUUGUGCAUUCAUGCUUUGGAAUGCAAACAUCCUUGAACAUGUUCCAGAAAGAAAAUAAACAGAAGUUUCCUUUGCCAGUCGGGAGCAUUGCUGUACCUCUUAAAAAAGAACCACAAGGGGGAAACUGGUUAGCUGAAAAGCAUGAUUCAGCUGGGCAGGUGUUUUGCUUCCUCCCACUCUCAAUUUAUUCUGGUCUUCCAGUUCACAUAAAUGGAUUCUUUGCUGUGACGUCCAACAGAAAGGGCCUUUGGGAUACUGGAGUGAAACAUGAAUGGAACAAGGCUUUGCUUCAAGAUGCUGUCACAGGGUCAUACAUUUUCACACUUUCUGUGUUGAAAGAGAUGUCAAAAAGAGGAGAACUCCAAGGGUACCACUACUACAUGUUCUGGCCUGACAAAGAGAAAGUGAGCACAUCUUUUCAAUCUCUCACUGUUGCUUUUUACUCUGCCAUUGCUCACAAUGUUUCUGGCAAGGCUGUUGAACUCUUCAGUGAUGGGAAAACCUGGUGCUCUAUUGAGAAGGCAAGAUUUUUACACCCAAAAAUAGCACAGAACAAGGACGUGGGACAGAUUGCAAUGAAAGAGUUUCUGGCAAAUCAACGGAAACCUUACCUCGCUGUUCCCCUUCCAGAGUGGGUGAGAAAUAGCUUCAGCCAGACAGACUUGAACAGGAUUAUUUCGGCAAGGACACUGGACUGGGUUGAAUUCUAUAAAGAGAUAGUAUUCAACAACCUGAGUUCUAUGGAUCCUAAGAGCAGGAAUGCUCUUGUGUUACAUGCUAUUGACAUGAAUGACAAAGCAGUAGAUAACCUCCUCAAAAGUCACCCUUGCAUUCCAGCCAUUGGUUGUGAACAGCUUCAGUUCAUUAGGAGCCUUGUGAACCCCUCAGGAAAAGUAGCCUGUCUGUAUGAUCCAGAAGAAGGACGCUUUCUUAAAGGAACCUCUGAGGAUUUUUGCUGUCCAAAACGAAUCCAGCGGUUGACAGAACUCGGAAUGCUGACCAAUUCUCUCUCAUUGGAGGACAUCAAAGAGAGAGCCGAAACCAUUACCAGGAUUUGGCAGAAAAACCAAAAAGAAGCAUACAAACGCAUUCAGCAAAUCUUGGAUCUAACCAGAGAACACUUAAGUGAUGAGACUUCUCCUCAUUGGAAUUCACUGAGAAACAUUGCCUUCAUUCCUGCAUGUCCCCCAAAAAUCACUGGUCAUGACAAAAAUACUUGUACUGCACUUAAAAAGCCUGUUGAAGUGUACAGUUUCAGCUGUCAAUAUCUGGUAAACAUGAUGCAGACUACAGUGGACCAAGCAGUUCUGGGCACACACUAUGAUUCAGUUCUCCGUAAAUUGGGGGUUCUUGAAAAUCCACCCCUUCUGAUGGUCCUUCAGCAGCUAGAGCAUGCACAUCUACAUUUCAGAGCACUGGAUGGAGAUAUGCGUAACACGAUUGCUUUUGAAUGCUAUGGCUAUUUAGAUGAAAUGACAAAGGAGCAGACACAAUCAGAGGCCAUUUUUGAAAGCGCUAAAUCAUUUCCCUUUGUCCUAAUUGAAGGCAAAUUUGUGAAUGUGAAAUCUGUGGCAAAGAAAGUAGAAUUUGAAGCUAAGCCAUACCUCUAUUGUCUUCCAAAUCACUUCUCCAAAUUCAAAAACCUUUGGCAAUGUGUUGGCAUGCAGAAGCAUUUCACUUCAGAGCAGCUAGUGGGGGUUAUUCAGGAAUUGAGUAUUGAAUAUCAAAGCAGAGAGCUUUCUCAUUGUGAUCUUGACCUUUGUCUCAGAAUUACAAAGAGAUUGUAUGAAGCAAAAGAUCAUGAACAAAAAGGCUGUCUCUUGCCUGAUGAAAAUGGUGUUUUACGUCUCUCCCACAAGCUCUUUUACAAUGACAGCCCUUGGAUGCCAGUCUCAGAAAAUGCAAUUUUGUGUCACAACUUAGUACCUCGGAGCAUUGCACUUCACUUUGGCGUUCAAACAACAAGGCACCACACUCUGCAAAAUCACCUUGUGGCAGGCUUUUCACCCUUUGUCAAAGAGUUUGGACAACAUGAGGAACUGACAGUCCGUAUUAAGAACAUCAUACAAGCUUAUCCAUCCAAGAAGGAUAUUCUGAAAGAGCUCAUACAAAAUGCUGAUGAUGCGCAGGCAACAGAGAUCCACUUUGUUUGGGACAAAAGGAAGCACAGCACCAUGAAAACCUUUGGUGAAAAAUGGGGUCCACUGCAAGGUCCAGCACUGUGUGUGUACAACAACAAGGUGUUUUCAGAUGCUGAUCUGGAGGGAAUUCAACGACUAGGUGAAGGAGGAAAAAAUGAGGUGCAAGGAAAAACUGGAAAGUAUGGACUGGGGUUUAACUCCGUUUACCAUCUGACUGACUGUCCUUCAAUUCUUACGGGAGACCAGUGGCUCUGCAUAUCUGACCCAAAUCUGAAAUAUGUAGAAGGUGGAACCAAACUAUCACCUGGUUGUAUGUAUUCAUUGGGGAAGGAAUUCAGAGACUCUUUCCCUGAUGUGUAUAACACGUUCCUGCCCUCAAAUUUCAAACUUGAGGAAGGGACUAUGUUUAGGUUACCACUAAGGACAGAAGAAAUGGCUAAAAUGUCAGAGAUAUCCAAGAACACUGUAAACUCUUGGGAUAUUGAAGAACUUUCAACAGUAUUGACGGAAGAUCCUGAAGGGCUGAUCCUCUUUUUGAGGCACAUUAGGAAAAUACAGUUUCAUGAAAUAUGCACAGGUGACAGCCAAAUGACAACUCGGAUCUCAGCAGAGAUAAAACUGUCCAAAAACUGUGAUGUGAAAAAGACUCAUUUUCAAAAUCAUGUUCAAAAGUCAUUGGAUGCAGGGGGGCCAAUUGAAUCACUGAGAACCAUCUACAACAUUUCCAUUUUAUCAUCCAUCAAAAAGAAAAGUGAGUGGAUUGUGGCAGAGCAGUUUGGCUCCCUGAAUGAAAACACUGACCUGGAGGUUGAGCAGUCUAUCAGAAGAGUUCCUCAGGCAGCUGUGGCAGCUUGUUUGACAUCAAUAACUGAAGGACAUCCAUUCACUGGGAGGGUCUUCUGUUCUCUCCCUUUACCAUGUAGCACUGGACUUCCAGUACAUGUCAAUGGAAACUUUGAGGUGGACUCUUCCAGAAGGGACUUGUGGAAAGAAGAUGGUAAGAGCAAGAAGACAGAAUGGAAUGAAUCGCUGAAGUUGGACAUCAUUGCCCCCUUGUAUGCUGACCUUUUACAUUACAUCUGUGCCUCCGGUAAGAAAAGCAGGUUUUCUUCUCUAAAGUAUCUGGGGCUAUACUUGGACUCCUCGUUUCUAUGGUUUUUCCCUGAAGUUACAAACCGCGUCGGACAGGAGUGGCAUGGCACAGUUGAUGCAGUGUUCAAGUCAAUCAAUGAGAGGGAUUUCCCCGUAAUUCCAAUAUUAAGCACUUCAACUCAGAAUUACAAAAAACAGUACACUGCAACCUGGUCUAGUGUCACAAAAGGAGAACCAACCGAUGCACCUCAUUUCACUAUUAACGAACAUAGUGAGAGCUUUCUUCAAACCUUAGAAGACAUUGGUAUGAAUGUAGUCCCAUUCUCAUAUCACAUGACUCACAUCUUCACCAGUUUUGAGAGAGCACAGGUCAAUGUAGGGACAGUCAGUCCAUUUACGGUAAGAAAAUUCCUGAAGACAAAACCGUUGAAUGAUCCAGCAACGACAAAAUUUUUUUUACCCCUGCCUAUUAACCAGACUUUAAUCAAAGACAAACACAGAUGUAAAACGCUUCUGAAUUACUGCAUGGAGGACAUUUGCAAGGAAAACUGCAACACAGUGUGUGGCCUGCCUCUUCUUCUUACUGAAGAUCAGAUGCUGAGGUAUUUUCAUACUGACUCUCCAAGGCUCUUGACAAAAUUCUGUAAACUAUUUCAAGGACAUGAGGAGGACUUUGCAGAUUAUGGCAUCAAUGGAAAGCAUAUUGAUGCUCUUCAGCAAGGUAAUUUUCUCAAGGCAAUGACUAUUCCUGCCUCGGAAAUGUAUCUGAAACCCAAACUUGAGGACCUCCUUCAGAAUUGUAAAUUUGAUCCGGAAUUCAAGCUACAUGUUCCAGAAGAGACAACGAGAAAAUGGCUAAAACAGCUCUGGAGGUUCUUUAAUGAUCAAAUUAAAUCACCUGUGGUGAAAGACAAGACAAACCAGGCCUUUCUUGACAUCAAGGAGCUGUUUUUUGAUUCCCCUGUUGUUCCUGUCAUAUGCUCAAGUCAAAAUAACAAACAUUUUCUGAAAACAAUGAAGACACUUUCCAGUGUUGUCUCCUUUUCAAAUCCAGAUGUACAAAAGAUUCUGUGUAAACUUGGAUUCAUGACUUUAGACUUAACUUUUUUCCACGAUUUUAAGCUUUCACAGCAUUUUGAUCCUGAACUUUUAGAUACAAGUAACAGGAGUGCUGUUCUAGAUCAACUCUCUCUGUGGCAGCACUUUCAGUUUGAACAGAUUGCUAAUGAGGAUUUGGACGAACUGCUACACUUCUUGCAGUCAGGACUAGGCUCUGGCCAAAAUACUCAAGACAACAAAAGAAAGCUGAUGUCACUUCCACUGUUUGAAACUGUACAAGGGAGGCGGCAACGCAUUGACGGACCUGGGAGUGUGUUCAUCCUGGGUACACAUUUAAGACAAAACUUUCCAGAAUUGUACUCAAUUGACAAGGUCACCAUUUUCCUCAAAAAUAGUGCUGUGAAUUUGUCACUGUCAGAAAAGAUGAACAUCACAGUCCUGAAUGAUUUAGAUUACUAUGUAAAGUUCAUCUUGCCCUCUGUACACAAACUCAGUGAUACCCUGGUUCUCAAUUCAGUCCAGAUGCUGCUGAAAAUUAAACAUUAUCCAAAGUUUGAGGACUACUAUGAAAAUAUCAUAUUCACAAUGAAAAGUGUCAAAUUCAUCAGGGAUGUCUUUGGAAAUCUUCAGAUGGCCUCAUACUUCUAUGAUGAAAAUGAACCACUUCAUCAGGCCAUGCUCCCAAAAGAGAGGUUUGUUCCAGAAAAGUUUUGGGACACCAUCGGACGUGGACAGGAAAAACCUGUGAAAGAACUGUUGAGGGAACUAGGGCUAAAAUAUGUUGUGUCAGAUGAUGAAAUGAUUGAGUUUGCAAACACAAUUGAAUCUGACACCAAAGGGAAUAUGUCCCUGGAGAGGCUGAAACAUAAAUCAGAAUGUUUAUUUGCAAGCCUUUUAAAGAGGGAUGUGUCACAAAAAUUGCUGAAAACAAUAUCUACCAUAAAAUUUGUUGUACCACUGCAAAUUCAGCUAGACCUCUGUAAAUAUUAUAAGCCUUUUGCUGGUGAAAGAGAAUUUGUAGCAAUUAAAGGCUCUCUUAUUGAGAAAGACCCACUCCACCAACGUCUGAUUUGGACCACAGUGCCAAUAUUGCCUUCAAAAAACUGCAGUUUGCAGAGGCAAAUCGACAUUUUGAAGGAAGCUGGAGCGCUUGAGCAGCCUGAACCUCAACAUGUAAUUGAUAACCUGAGAAACAUCUGCCAAGGCAGCACCAAAGAAAACAUUCAAACCAGAGCUGAAGUUUUUCGUCAGUCCUAUGGAUUCCUUCAGGCUGUGGAUUUUAGUGCCCAACCACUGAUUGAUCUCCCUGUGGUACUGGUUGAGAAUGAUACUGAGCUAGUAAAGCCCAAACAAACGGUUGUGGUGCUCAGGGAUUCUAUAGAUUUCAGACCCUAUUUAUUCAGACUGCCUACAGAGCUGGUCAGAUAUGAAGAAUUCUUUAAGAAAAUAGGUGUCAGAGAUACUGCAUCUACCCAGCAGUACAGCACUGUUCUCCAGGAAAUUUACAGGGACUGCAUCGACAAACAAGAAAUGAAUCCAAACCAGAUAAAAACUUGCAGAAGGGCAGUUCAGCAGCUUUUCCUCCUUAUUGAGGAGAACGCAAAUGAAAAGACACUGGAGAUUCCUCAGCCACUUUAUCUGCCAGCAACCGAUGGCAGAUUGUACGAGUCGAGCUCUCUUUAUUUUAAUGACACUUACUUCUGGCUUAGUAGAUUUGAGAAAUCCAUUGAAAAGAAACUAAAACUGCUUGAAAAGCUUAAAAAGUGUUAUCUUUGGCGUGAGUUCUAUGGAGAUCAGAAACUGGUACAGCUGUUACCCCACAAUGUUCGUCCAAAAAUGUUGUCUGAAGUUACUACCAAGACACUAGUCGAAUCCAGCAUGGAACCAUGUGUGUAUGGGGAAUGCUGUGAAUUCAGUGGUUUGUUCGAGAACCAACUGUCUUCUAGCUACUUCAUGCACGGCCUUGUCUGCAUCCUAAGAGAACGUAGCGAAGCUUUACCCCAAAGUGAUAUUGAUGCCAUGUUUCUGAACUUCAACAAAAUUAAGUUCAUCUGUUGUGAGCGCCUUGAGACAAUGAUUCUUCUACAUCACGAGCCACUGGACAACAGUACAGCUGAAACGCAGCUUUAUGUGAAGCGGGAACAAGAGGGUUGCACCUUCUACAUAAAACACAGCGAUCACAUGAGUAACUCAAUAGUGAAGUUUAAGAUUGUGAAAGGUCUGGCUGAGCAAAUCAAUGAGCUUUUAAAAAAAGCUUUGAGAACAGAUUCACUCUCAGUUUUUGAGUAUCUGCUGAUGUGUGAAAACAUGGAAGAUGUACAGGAAGUAUUAGAGACAAAUAAUAUCCGUAACAUUGCUCAUACGGACUAUGGACAGUGUAGGUUGCCAGACCCUGGGACUCCCAUUCCUGAGGAGUGGAUUGAUUCCCUUGACAUGAAUUUUCUCAAUAACUUUGAAGUAGAAGAAUAUGUUGGCUUCAAGAAUCCAUUAUCUGAGGAGUAUGUCUUUGCAGUUGUGGCAGAGCGGGUGAAGAUGCCAUUAAGCCAAGGAGGGCUAUGUUCGCAGAAAUACAAAAUUAAAAUUGGGGAAAGAGAGAUCAUUGAAGUUAGCUCUCUUGAUCUGUACCAGUUCAAAAGGGGGAAAAGAUCUUCCUCCACUGUUGGGAGCUGCAGGGUUCUUGUUCCUUCACGGGGGUCAGGGGAGUCUGAGCCACCACCUGUCCUACCACAGUCCAUGGAGGAGAUCCAGAGUGAAAUUGACAAAUGCCUUGAGGAGAUCUGGACACUGUCAGAGGAGGAGAGGCGCAAAGGCAUCAGACGUCUGUAUCUGAGGUGGCAUCCGGACAAAAACCCAGAUUGCCUUGACCUUGCAACUGAAGCCUGCAAAUACUUGCAAAAGAAGAUUGAGGAAUUAGAAAGGGGAGGAAUGACGGGGCACCGCAAUUGUGGACCUAAACAAGGAUCCUCUCAAUGGAGCUCAGCCUUCAGAGACUUUUACCAGGAGUGGGACCAGGAAGCCUCUCGGCAUCGGAGGGGACGGGAGAGAUUUAACCAACGCCAUUCUUCAAGGCAAUACGACUUCUGGUCAUUCCACGAGGGUAGCUCAGGACCAAGGCCUAACCCAAACCCAGAGGAAGCCCACCGUUGGCACAGACAGGCAAAAUGUGACCUCGCUGCAGCCCGCAAUGACACUGGGGGAACAUCCACGGAGUGGUGUUUAUACAAAGUGCACCAAGCUGUGGAAAAAGCCCUUAUUGGAGCAGAGUACAAGAACACUGGACACCGUCCCAAAAACAGCACAAGCCUUGCAAGCCUUGCUCAGAAUCUGUCACAUGUCAGUCCCAAAUUGAAUACUUUGCCCAGCAUGGUGCACAAGUUGAAUCAGCUGGGUGUGGAUGCCAAGAAGACCCAAUACCCAAAUUACCAUACCUCACCAGGUAUUCCCAAUGACCAAUUCAACUCUCAGAACUUAGCACAAGUGCUGGACUUGUCAUCGGAGAUCUUAACCAAAAUAUAUUCUUACAUUCAUGAAUGAUUCCAGGUAAUGUAAAUAGGAGAAAAAGCUGUUAAUUUGCUAUUUUAUGAGAAAUGUUUUAAUGAUCAAUGUACGUUAUUUCAACUUGUUAUUUUCCUGCACUAUACGCGUUUACACUUUAUGUAGCCUACAUAUUUGACUGUAUUUAGUUUCAGCACCAGGUUUUAUUAUUUAGUUUAUAGUUUAUUUUUUUCAAAAUGACAAUUAUCUAUAUUCUUGACAAGUAUAUAUAUAUAUACAUAUGGUUGUGAAUGAUUACAGAUAAUGAAAAUUGCAAUGAGAGAACAGUGUUUUGUUUGCUAGAAGUAUACUAAACAAAGUGUGACAGCUGAGACAUUAUUAUAUUUGUCUAAUUAUGCUUUUUUUUCCCCGACUGUAAUUGUUGAUACAUUUGUGUAAAUGUUUGACAAGCAAUUUCAGCAAAGAACAGAUUUUAUGCCUUUAACUCCACAGAGAAUAAAAGAAUAAAACUGAAAGCGCUGGUCCUGUAUCAUGUUGCAUCAUAAAACAUUCAAGAU